UAUGGAUUUUCUUCAUUCCUUCUCUUCUUCACCAGUGAUCGCUCUCCUCAACGCUUCUCUCUCCCACCAGCAAGAAAUCUCGAAAGCUUUCGAAAACAAAAAUCCAUCCAAAUCCCUUGAUGGGUUCCGUAGGGAAGAACCCUUUAAUCAAAUCCCAGAUGGGAUUUCCGUCCUACGCUUUUCUAUCUCGAGAUUUCUGGAUUGUAAUGUAUGGAAGAUGAAGAAGAAGAAAAUUCUUGGUUUUGUUCAGUGUAUGAGAAAUGACUUGGAGAUGGGCAAAAGAUGCUCAAUUGCUUGCUUUUCGUCAGUUCAUAUGGAAAAUAAUCGUUAUCGAAUUCUGUCCUUGGAAAUUUUCAAUAAAUUCGAACAAAGAAGUUGUUUUGAAGAUUGCUGCCUCGACACAAUUGAAGCACACCGGGAGCUGCAAAUAUUUUGAGACCUUUCAAGAUGAGCAGGAUUUUAUCAGAAAAGGCACGGCAAGAACACAAAAAGAUGGAACCAAUUGAUAGAAGCACUAAUUCGAAUAGCAACCAGGAUCCAUGCCCAAGAAAGGUUACAAAUUCAGAAACAACAACUACAGUGUCGACAACAAUGACAGGAACAAAGAUGAGCGAUGAGAAUAUCAGUGAUGCCCGUCCAAAGACAAGUGAUGCAAAGAUCAGCGAUGCCCGCACGAAGACAAGCGAUGCAAAGAUCAGCGAUGCCCGCACAAAAACAAGUGAUACAAAGAUCAGUGAUUCCUGUGCCAGCCUUGGCCGAGGGAGCUACAGUAGCAUCCAUAGUGACAGCUUGGACAGCUCCACUUCUGCCCCCCUCAAGCCCCACACUGGCGGAGAUGGUCGUUGGGAGGCCAUUCAACUGGCUACUUCUAGAGAGUCCCCGCUCGGCCUCAGCCAUUUCAGGCUCCUCAAGCGGAUAGGUUACGGCGACAUUGGCAGUGUUUAUCUUGUUGAACUCAGAGGGACCAAUGCCUUCUUUGCCAUGAAAGUGAUGGACAAGGCCUCACUUGCUAGUCGAAAUAAACUACUUCGAUCCCAAACGGAAAGAGAGAUUCUUGGUCUCCUUGAUCACCCCUUCUUGCCUACAUUAUACUCUUAUUUCGAGACUGACAAGUUCUAUUGCCUGGUCAUGGAGUUUUGUAGUGGGGGUAAUCUCCAUUCUCUUCGGCAGAAGCAGCCCAACAAGUAUUUCUCUGAAACUGCUGCCAGAUUUUACGCUUCAGAGAUUUUACUUGCUAUCGAGUAUUUGCAUAUGCUGGGAAUAGUAUAUAGAGACCUGAAGCCAGAAAAUGUUCUGGUGAGGGAGGAAGGCCACAUCAUGCUAUCUGACUUUGACCUUUCACUACGCUGCUCUGUCAACCCUACACUUGUCAAGUCAUCGUCUGUCAAUGUAGGCACUGGUGGCAUACUUGAUAAUGACUUCGCUGUGGGCGGCUGCAUCCACCCAUCUUCAUUUUUCCCACGCAUUCUACCAAAGAAGAACCGCAAAUCCAAAAUGGAUUACGGUCUAUUCGCCGGUGGAGGCCUCCCAGAACUGAUGGCGGAGCCAACACACGCGAGAUCCAUGUCAUUCGUUGGCACCCAUGAGUAUUUGGCUCCAGAGAUCAUACGUGGAGAGGGUCAUGGCAGUGCGGUGGAUUGGUGGACGUUCGGCAUCUUCCUAUACGAGCUACUGCAUGGGAUUACUCCUUUUAAGGGUCAAGGCAACCGAGCCACUCUCUAUAACGUGGUGGGUCAGUCGCUCAAGUUCCCAGACGCACCAGCUGUGAGUCUAGUUGCUCGAGACCUCAUUCGUGGUCUCCUAGUUAAGGACCCACAAAGGCGGCUCGCCUACAGAAGGGGUGCCACGGAGAUAAAACAGCACCCAUUCUUCGAGGGCGUGAACUGGGCAUUGGUGAGGAGUGGCAUGCCGCCUCACAUACCUGAGCCUGUAGAUUUCAGGCAGUUUGCUGUUCCUAGUAAAGAAGUGCCGCAUGCUGACAAAAAGGUGGUAGAAAAUGGCAGUGCUGGUGGUGGGAAUAAGAAGAGUUCAAAUGACCCUUCUUAUCUGGAUUUCGAGUAUUUUUAGGAAAAGGGGCAGCUAAUCUUAUGUUUGCAUGCAUCUUUAGGAGUUUUGGAGAUUUUUGUGGUGUUUGUUUAUCUUAGUUUGUUUUGUACAUUUCGGAUGGUAACUGAGAUGAAAGGUUGUGAUGGCAAAUCAAUGGAGAGGAGAUUUUGGUAGGCCAGGUCCCAUCUCCCUAUGUAAGGUUAGAGAAUAAAUGUUGCAUUUGCAUGGAGGGGAGAUUUCAUGUGAGAAAUGGUUCUGCAGGAUCUAUACUAGCUGUAUAUGGCUAUCUAUCUUACACUGAUAUGUUAGUCUUUUUUGUAAAUGAGAAAAUGUUAUUAAUCUAUUGAAUAAAAUUUCCCUAAAUGGAGUUUUUGUUUUUUUUGGUACCACUCUUCCAUGGAUGAGUGGAGAUUUAGGGUCGUUUGGCAUCUCUACUAAUAAGAGCUUAUUUGUUUAUUCUAAAAAAUAAGCUCUUAUUUUUAAAAUAGAUUGUUUGGUAAAGUUUUAAUUUUAGAGUUUAUUCUUUUAGAAAUUAGCCAAAAAGUUUUUAAAAAAUAAGUUAUAGGGUGAUCACCUUUUCUUUUAAAGCUUAUUUAGCUUAUGCUAGUACACAUUUUUAGUUAAUUUUCGAUAAGUUUAUCUUUAAACUUUUUAAGUAAUUCUUAUCUUACCCUCCUUUCUUCUCUUUAUAAUCUCUCUAACUUGGACCCACAUGAUGAGCAACCCAUAUUGAAGGUGAG